AAACCAAUCAAUAGGCACAAACGGGAGGUUUUACGAAAAGGGGACGGGCGAAUGGUGCCAAUCAAAUUGUGCUUCAAGAGAGUUAAGGAUGGAAGGAUCUUGUCAUCUUCAGGACGCUAGGUUUAGGUUUCCGAAUAUAUUUUCCCAGUUUGUUUUUUAGAAAACACGUGGAUUUGAGGUGCCACGAGACUUCUUUCUUUACUCAGAUUCUGCGCACUGGGCUUGUACUCGCGUAGUUUACAAUUAAUGUGAUCUAUUAAUAUGAAGGACUUUUAAUUCUACCAAGAAGGCUGUACUUGGAUGAAGGUUAUAUUAUACCAAGAACUCUGACUUAUUGUAACUUAAAAACACUAUCUACAAAAAAAGUCAUCUAUAUGACAUGCUGUAUGUGUUUCUGAAAAGACUGGGGAGGUUCUCAUGAACAAAGGAAGCAUGGUGCCACCAAGGAACAGAGAAGUGUGUUCAGGCGCAAGUUCCACAAGGUGAACUUCUGAGGGACUAUUUCAAAGUCAUAAAUGCAAGUCCAAUCAAGUGGAAGGCAAAGACACAGGGUUUUGAGACUGAAAGGAAAUGUUAUUCACCAGGGAAAUAAGCAAAAGACAAUCUAAAAUUAUGAUACAGUGAAGCUAAAAGCUUCUUUACUUUGUGCCAUCCAACAUUCAUAUGUGGGACGGAACACACAGUCUGCCACUGCCUCUCCGGACACGGUGGAGACCUACCAGUGUGAGGGACCCUUUUCUAGCCAGUAUCAGAGCAUCAACAAAACACUGGACCAUCUAGCGACGUUGCCUAUUCACAUAAAGUCGGAUCCUGCCUUGCUGCAAGCUAACUGGGGUCGAAAUCCUGUGACCAUCUGCAGACAUAAUGACCCCCGGAUCACGGACGGCUUUCCACGGGGGCGUGGUCAUGAGUGCCUUUUGCUGGUGGGCGGCGCUGCUCCUUUUCUUUCAAACAACCGGGGUCAGGGGGGACUGCUGGCUGAUCGAGGGAGAAAAGGGAUUCGUAUGGCUGGCGAUCUGCAGCCAAAACCAGCCGCCUUACGAGUCUAUACCACAGCACAUCAACAGCACCAUUGUGGACCUACGGCUUAAUGAAAACAAGAUCAAAAGCAUCCACUACUCCUCCCUGAGUCGCUUUGGUAACCUGACAUACUUAAAUCUAACCAAGAAUGAGAUUACGUAUAUAGAAGAUGGGGCGUUUUCUGCUCAGUUCAACCUACAGGUCCUUCAGCUGGGCUUCAACAAGCUACGGAAUCUGACCGAAGGGAUUCUGCGGGGUUUGGGCAAAUUACAGUAUCUCUACCUCCAGGCCAAUCUGAUUGAAACCGUGACACCCAAUGCCUUUUGGGAAUGUCCCAACAUUGAAAACAUUGACCUUUCGAUGAACCGGAUCCAGCAGUUGGACGGGGCGAUUUUCACUGGUCUGAGCAAGCUGACCACUUGUGAGCUCUACACAAACCCUUUCAAUUGCUCCUGCGAGCUCCUGAGCUUCCUCAGGUGGCUAUCCGUUUUUCCCAACAGGACAAAUGAACGCAUGGUGUGCGACUCUCCUCCAGGAUACUCUGGCUACAGUCUGCUAAGCCAGAAUCCGAACAUGCCCACCUUUCGUAAUGCCUUCCACGCACUCUCGACGGUGUGCACGGAUGAGUAUGUCACUCUGUAUAUCACGGGAACUCCGGACACCACUACCCUCUCGCCGUACUCCACUCCUUGCGGACUGGAGGACUGCUCAUCCGGAACCGAACCCGAAGAAACUAUAAACAUUAUCACACCGUACAUCGAUCCUGAUGUGAAACCCAUCAUGAAGCUGAAGCAGGUGACACACACCAGUGCCAACAUUCUCGUUCAGAUCCCACAUCCGUUCAAGAAAAUGUAUAUCUUGGUUCUUUACAAUAACAGCUUCUUCACUGAUAUCCAAAAUCUGAAGAAUCAACGAGAGGAAAUUGAGUUGAAAAACCUGAAGGCCCACACUGAGUAUACCUACUGCGUUGCUUCCAUUCGUAAUUCUCUGCGAUUCAACCACACUUGUCUGACAAUCUCUACGGGACUCAAAAGUGAAAAGGGGAAUGGAUCGGAUAACAGUUCUACAGCCACACACUAUAUCAUGACAAUCCUGGGUUGUCUCUUUGGCAUGGUGAUUGUUUUAGGCAUGGUUUACUACUGCUUGCGAAAGAAACGGCACCAGGACGAAAAGCACAAAAAGGCAGGCAACAUGAAGAAAAACAUAAUCGAACUUAAGUACGGUAGUGAACUGGAAGGUGGGACCAUCUCCCAGAUGUCCCAAAAGCAGAUAAUGGCUGGUGAGAGCGUGCCGCGGAUGCCAUAUUUACCGUCCAGUGGUGAAAUGGAACAGUACAAACUGCAGGAAAUCAGUGAAAUCCCUAAAACAGCCAAGGGGAAUUACAUAGAGGUACGCACCGGAGAGCAGGCCGACCACAGAGAAUGUGAUAUAUCCAUAGCUGGGAACAACCAAGGCUCAGUGGCAGAAAUCUCCACAAUUGCGAAAGAGGUUGACAAAGUGAACCAGAUUAUAAACAACUGUAUAGAUGCCCUGAAAUCAGAAUCCACGUCUUUUCAAGGAGUGAAGUCGGGAGCUGUAUCCACCGCAGAACCCCAGCUAGUACUCAUAUCAGACCAGCCACAGGGCAAAACGGGUUUCCUGUCUCCUGUCUACAAAGACACUUACCACCACCCUGUGCAGAGGCACCACAGCAUGGAGGCCACUCCCAAGCGGUCCAGCACCUCCUCCAGUGGCUCCAUACGGAGCCCCAGGUCAUUCCGCUCUGAGGGAGCCUACAAGUCAGAGGCCAAGUACAUCGAGAAGACGUCGCCCAAGGCUGAGAGCAUCGUGAAGAUCACACCGGCCGCUGCCAUCCUGAGAGCGGAGGCGGAGAAGAUACGGCAGUACAGCGAGCACCGGCACUCCUACUCAGGCUCCCAUCAGCUCGAGCAGCUGGAGGGGCCUGGCAGUCGGAAGCCAUCCAUCCUGGAGCCCCUGACACGAUCGCGCGCCAGAGAUCUCGCCUACUCCCAGCUCUCACCGCAGUAUCACAACCUGAGCUAUUCUUCCAGUCCCGAGUACUGCAAACCAUCCCAGAGCAUCUGGGAGCGCUUCAAACUCCACCGCAAGCGCCACAAAGAGGAGGAGUACGUGGCGGCGGGGCACGCCUUGCGCAAAAAAGUCCAGUUCGCUAAGGAUGAGGACUUGCAUGACAUUUUAGACUACUGGAAAGGCGUUUCAGCUCAGCAGAAAUCUUGAUUAAUUACAAAUAUUUGCUUUUAAUUCUGGACCAAAAUAAUAUAGAUGAAAACACUUCAAAUUAAAGAAAAAAAGAUUUAAAAGGAAAAUGCCUUGGUUAUUCUAGUCUCUGCAGCUAUUUCAAUUCUGAAUAUCGUUCUGGAGACAAUGGACAAAGGCCCUCCACAAUUAGGGUCUCGAGUUUGUGAGAACACGCACCAAAUUAAAGGAUGACAAAUUUGAAAGUAUAACUACUACCGUGUGUUCAUCUCUCUUUUUCUCACGGAAAAAAAACUAAUCAACAGAAACAUUAUUGGAAUAUAAUAAUUUGGUUAUCGCAUGGCUGUGUCCUGUUACUGUGGAUUAACUAUUGUGUACUUUCAGUAAGAAGCGAAUGACCUUAACCUGUCUGCUGAAUACCCUGAAUGCAGGACUAUGUACAUGGCAGAGAACUACACUCUCAAGCACACUUUGCUCCUACAUUAUGUUAUAGCUGCAUAGUAACCUAUUUAUCACUUAAUUGUACACAAAGAUAAUUAUGUACAGGUAAAAAGAAUUCUAUAUUUGCAAUGCUGUGUAAAAAAACAUCAUAACAAAUGAUUACCUGUUUCUAUCAGGUUUUAACCAUGAUUUUACAAACGGCUUCUUCAAUAUUUUCCAAUCUCAAAUGAAUGUCUUCUAUCCUGAGAGAUAGAGAACUGCACUGUUCAACAAAACGGUAUAUCUUCUACAAUAUACCCCAUUGUUUUUUUUUUUAACUCUUUUGCUAAUGCAUAUGAUUUGCGGACGUCUUAAAUGAGACCUGCACAAUUCAUCAUUCUUCAUGUAACUUUAUUCAACCAAAGUGCUGUGGUAGCAAGUCAAUACAUGUUCUGCCACUAAAACGUGAUCAUAGGGAUCUGAGUAUGAAUGUAUUCUGUACAUAAUGGAGGUGUUUGCCAGCUUUUUGUCAUAAGCGGUGUCUUUCUUUUUGCUUUCCUACUCUCCAGUGUUUACUUUUCAUAGCCUGUGGAACAAUGAGUUUGCCCAGUUUCUACAUUUUUUACUUUGUACUGAGAUACUUUAUCCUUUGACAGAUGUCAUGGGAAACUAUCCAGUUCAAACGUAUUGUGACACCUGCUGAAAAUGAAUGCAGGUCAUUUUUAUCAAAGACCUAUCAUCCUGUAUCGAAACUUGUCAGCUUCUGAUCUUUUCUUGUUGGAAGCCCAUAACUUGGGACUCCUUACCUACUCAGUAAAAUACUGUGGAAGCCAGCUGAUACCUGGCGUUAGAGGUGAAAAGGCAGAAUAAUGUGACACGUCAGCAUCCUUCCACUAAGAAAAAUGAUCAUUAUUAAUGUAUUAUUCCAAUGUAGAACUGUAACAUUGCUUUUGUGAAUGUUCAUAUCCAUUCAACGAACAUAACUAAGGAAGUUGAAGAGAGUUCAAAGUUUGUAACCUAUUCAACAUUAAUGUUACUUACACUCAGUUGUUACAUUGAGAUGAACUGUUACUACCACUUUGUGUACAGUCUAUAUCUUAGAGUGGAUUCUAGAAAUAUUUGCAUAGGUUAUUUUUUAUUUCAAAAGCCUUACGGUUAUGAUUUGUUUUCCUUAUGUAUUAAUAAGAUGCUACUAUAUUUGCUCAUCAGUUGUUAUUUUUCUAAAUUCAGUUUAGAUUCUUUGUGUGUUUUGAUUACAGGUAUAUUAACGAGUAACCAAUAUGUUUUCGUUUUCAUACUGCAUAUUGUAGCACCUCUUGUCUUUAUGAAGUCAGAGAACAUCUGAUGAUUUCCAGAAAGGACGGGAGGCAGCCUCCCGGAAGGCGAUGGAUGUGCGUACAUAGCGGCUGUACCCGUGCGAGACCUGCACGCUGGUGGAUUUCAAAUGGUUUUAUGAUCCAUCAGAAAUAAACAAGAGCACAAUAAAGCUUUUCUUAAUGAACGGCGAUCUGCUUGCAGAGAGGCUCGGUAUUGUGGGCGGGGUUUGGGGAGUCAUCGGCUUCAUCAGCACUCACUGUAGGAAGGUCU